AGAGUAGUUUUGGCAUUCAAAUUUUCGCCAGAAGCAAAAAUUAAAAAAAAAAGUGCAAAAGAAACUAUAAGGGUUUUAUGUGUCAUCUGUCAACAUGUUUUGGGAAGCUGAACUAGCUGGUGCCAAAUUUCCUACCCCCUUAAAUUCUCUUUUGAUGUGUUAUCUCGUGGUACUUUUCAAUUUCAGACUUAUGAUAUAGCAAGAAAUGCUAUGGCGCUUGCCUUGAGUCCAGUUGUGAAGGCUCUUGUUGAUCCCGAUGGUGCAUUGAGGGACAUAAGGAAAUUAGAUAGCAUCAGCUUCUCUGAUUGGUUUUUGUCCAAAGGUGGAACACGCAUGAGUAUCCAAAGAAUGUGGGAUCCUGUUGUUUAUGCCCUUGGGUUUAUUGACUGUGAUAACAUCGGUGCAUGGUGCAUGCUGACCAUAUUCUCAUUGUUUGCCACCAAGACAGAGGCUUCUUUACUUCGUGUGCUCAAGGGUUCUCCAGAUGUUUACUUGAGUGGUCCCAUUAGAAAGUAUAUCGAAGAUAAAGGAGGCAGGUUUCAUUUGAGGUGGGGAUGCUGACCGAUAAUUUAUGAUAGAUCACCAGAUGGGGAAAUACAUGUCACAGGACUUGCCUUGUCAAAGGUAAAUGGCUUUUCAUUUUC